AUGGCGACGUCAGGAACAUAUGUGAAGGAGGUUCCGUUGAAGGGAUCGGCGGAGAAACACUACCAGCGGUGGAGGAGCGAGAACCACCUCAUGCCUGACGCCAUCGGCCACCACAUCCAAGGUGUCACCAUCCACGACGGCGAAUGGGACUCUCAUGGAGCCAUCAAGAUCUGGAACUAUACAUGCGAUGGGAAAGAAGAAGUGUUUAAGGAGAGGAGAGAGAUAGACGAUGAGAAUAACGCGGUCACUUUCAGAGGUCUUGAAGGUCACGUGAUGGAGGAGCUUAAGGUGUAUGACGUCAUCUUUCAGUUCAUUCAAAAGUCGCCUGGUGAUAUCAUAUGCAAGGUUACUAUGUUCUGGGAGAAGCGAACUGAUGACUCACCUGAGCCCAUCAACUACAUGAAGUUCGUCACGAGCAUGGUUGCUGACAUGGACAACCACGUUCUCAAAGCUUAA